AUUUCCAAGUACAAAAAAAUACCACCCACACGCACAACUACCCGUCUCCUUUGCACAAUUUGCACCAAUGGCAUAUUUAUUUUAAUAGUUUAAUAUUCCCGUCCAACUUUCCCCAUCUAGUGCAAUAGAAGUAGUGUAAAAUGGUGCAACAAUCUAGUCUACUUGUGAAUCCAGUCGAACCCAACGAGUUAGAUGAAAAGCUACGAUUAAUUCCUCAGGAUGAUGAAGACCAAGGAUGCUGGGGGACAAGGCAUACCCUUGUCUUACUGGGUUUCUUGGGGUUUGCCAAUGUCUAUGCCAUGAGGGUGAAUUUAUCCGUGACGAUCGUAGCGAUGGUCAACCAAAGCGCCAUUCCGCACAUCAAUCAAACAGCAGUCGAUAUCUGCCCGGUGACUCCGGGAAGCGAUCAAUCUGGACUAGUUAAGGAUGGAGAGUUUGCAUGGGAUGAAUAUAAACAAGGCAUCAUCCUCGGAUCCUUUUUUUGGGGCUACGUUUUAACGCAGAUCCCUGGUGGGAGGUUGGCGGAGCUUUUUGGCGGUCGAAAAUUGCUUGGCUACGGCAUUCUCAGCACUUCCGUCUUCACUUUAUUGACUCCCUUCGCUGCACGUGCUAGUGACACUUUACUGAUCUUCUGUCGCGUCCUAAUGGGAUUGGGAGAGGGCGUUACGUUUCCUGCUAUGUACGCUAUGCUUGCUGAAUGGGCCCCACCGUGGGAAAGGAGUAAAAUGGCCGCUUUCGCCUUUACAGGUGCUCAGUUUGGAACAGUUAUCACCUUACCUCUGUCGGGAAUCCUUUGCGAACACGGUUUCGACGGUGGUUGGCCAACAGUAUUUUAUGUAUUUGGAACGUUAGGUAUAGUUUGGUUCGCUGUAUGGAUGCCUCUGACUGCUGACUCUCCAUCACGCCAUAAAAAUAUUUCUAAAGAAGAAAAAGAAUACAUCUGCAGCUCGUUAAGAGAUUCCAUCAAAAGGAAAAGUGCUCCGGUUCCAUGGCGAUGCAUGUUUAGAUCCAAAGCUUGUUGGGCCGUCGGUGCCGCAAAUGUUGGCCAUGCCUGGGGAUUUUACACUCUAUUGACCGAACUUCCGAGUUACAUGGAUAACAUACUACAUUUUAAUAUGAAACAAAAUAGUUUCGUUUCUGCUCUACCGUAUUUGGCAAUGUGGCUUUUUUCGCUGUUAUGUAGCACAAUCGCAGAUCUGCUCAUUUCAAAACAAAUAUUUAGAGUCAUAACUGUUCGGAAAAUAUUUAAUUCGAUAGGACAAUAUGGACCAGCAUUGGCAUUAGUAGGUGCUGGAUUCAUUGGAUGUAAUACUGUGGCAGCCGUGAUUUUGCUGACCCUGGCCGUCGGACUCAGUGGUGCUUCUUACUCUGCUUUUCAGGUGAAUUUUGUCGAAAUCGCGCCACCAUAUGCCGGUACUUUGUUUGGUGUUACUAAUGCGGUAGCCAAUCUCUGCGGAUUCAUGGCUCCUUAUGCUGUCGGCGUGCUAGUGAAAGGAAACCAAACACUUGGCCAGUGGCGCUUAGUAUUUUUGAUCGCUGCCGGAGUUUACUGUGUUUCCAACACGAUCUUUUUGAUAUUUGGAUCGAGUCAAGUACAACCGUGGGCCGAAUGCGAAGAUCUCGGAGCAGAGGAAUCAAUCCAUGUUGAAGAAAAUGAAGAGAGCAAUGAUUUCCUUUCUCGUCCAUUCCCUUACAUCCAACCGGAUACGUUGUUUUAAUUCCAUAAAUCUUUACAUUUCGAAUCACUUAUUUUAAUUUAAUUUAUCGAAUUGUUUUAAAUGUCGCUUUAAAUGUGUUGAUGGAAUACAGAAUAAUGCAGCCAAAAGAA